UCCCCAUGAUUAUAAAUGCACAUGCAAUUGUCUUCUGCACAUCACCCAAACUUCACUCUUGUACACUCUGAUAUGACUUUCACCGGAAAACUUGAAGUGGAUGUGGAGGUUAAAUCCGAUGCAGAGAAGUUCUGGGAGAGCGUAAAAGACUCGGCCGUCAUCUUCCCUAAGGCAUUUCCUGACCAGUACAAGAGCAUUGAAGUGCUUGAAGGCGAUGGAAUGUCUGUGGGCUCUGUUCGUCUUGUCAAAUUUGUUGAAAGUGAGAUACCCAUUACCUUCAACAAAGAGAAGAUCGACGUGGUUGAUGAAGAAAAGAAGACAUUGUCCUACACAAUUGUUGACGGAGACAUCCUCAAGUUUUACAAGAAUUUUAAGGCUACAUUGGUAGUGAGCCCAAAUUCAGGUGGGAGCUUUGUGAAGUGGACCUGUGAGUUUGACAAGGCAAGUGAAGAAGUUCCUGAACCAACUUUCAUCAAAGACUUUGCAGUAAAGAAUUUCAUCGAUCUUGAUGCUUAUCUCAAGGCAUAAGCUGCUUAGUCUCUUUUCAAAUAAAUAUGUGGCUCUACUCAAUUGUAGCUCUGUAAUGGCCAUUUCUAAUAUUAGUAGGCCAUAUUGGUACUUAUGUUAAUUUCUUUUGGUUUGAUGA